CAGCAAAAGAAAGCGGCAUUCAAAUUCAAAUUUGGACACGAGAUUAUUCGACCGUUGGAGUCUGCUUCCGUUGUUUUGUGAACUCCACCUUCCUCUCUCGCCCAUUUCAUUGUUCAAAGUUGAAACAAACAUCAUGAGACGCCAUGGCUGGCAACGCCCUCUCCAUCCUUUACAGAUUGUGGGUAUCGCCAUUUUCAGCUUUCUAGUAGUCUCCUUCUACACUUUCUUGGGGCUUUUCCUUGGAAACAGAAUCGCCGAAACUACACUCACCACUCUCUUUUCCUUUCUGGUUCUCUCAGUUAUGUUUCUGUUCAUAAGGUGCACUGCUAUUGACCCAACUGACAAAACCAGCCUCCGAAAAAGGAAAAAGAUUAAAUCGAAACCAAAACUGAAUUUUGGAUUCAUGUUGGAGCAAAUCGUUUCGAGGCGAUUUAGGAAUGUAGAAAGAAAGAUUCUGAAAACAUUCAUUCGGAGGAAGUAUUUGGAUCCAUGGAUGAGUGGCCCUCAAAUGGAGCCUUUGGUUCCUUUUCCUCUUUUAAUGAAGGAGGAUGUGAUCACUCCUGAUCAUAAUCAGGAUGAUUUUACAUUUUGCUCUCUCUGUAAUUUCGAGGUGCAAAGACACAGCAAGCACUGUCGAACCUGCAACCGUUGCGUCGAAGGAUUUGAUCACCAUUGCAGGUGGCUAAACAACUGUGUUGGGAAAAAGAACUAUACCACGUUCUUUCUUCUGAUGAUAUCCGUAUUGUUGAUGCUAGCUAUCGAAGGAGGAAUGGCCAUUGUCGUAUUCGUAAGGUGUUUUGUAGACAAGAUGGGAAUGGAAAUGGAGCUGCGAAGAAGGCUACAUGUAGACUUUCCGAGAGAAGCACUUGCUACAAUUACAGUCUUGCUUGUGUUGAUGACUGCUUAUGGUUCAGCAGCACUUGGACAACUAUUUUUCUUUCACAUAGUGCUCAUACAAAAGGGAAUGAGAACAUAUGACUACAUACUGGCCAUGAAAGAGGAGAGCCAAUCCAUUAUUGAAGAGUCAUUCGAUGAAGACUACUCCGAUUUCUCUUCCGACGACAAUUUCGAUUCGCCCGAGAGAAAGCCGAGUUUGGUGUCACGUUUUGUCAAGUGCCAAGGAGGACAAGUCGCAGAGGACUCAAAAAAGUUGUCCAUAAAAAUAGAUGCAGAUCCUGAGACUCCAUCCACCAGAAAACAAGGCCUUCGUAUCAGUAUCAAUCCAUGGAAACUGAUAACUUUAAGCAGAGAUAAGGCUCUUGCAGCAGCUGAGAAAGCCAAGGAAAAACUUGAGAGAUCCAAACACAACUACCUGAAGCCUUUGCCACUAGAAACAAAAUCUGGCUUACUUACAAAUAAUGUUACAAGUACUAGUAAUUGUGAUGAUAUAGAUGGAAGGAGGAGGAGCAUAGGGAAUGGUAAGGGAAAGGUACCUACUGGUUCUCCUGGAAGUUUUUCGAGCCCGAGGAAGCGCUUCUCUGGCUCACUGAACACGACCUCGGUCACUUCGGUAUCCAUGUCCCCUAAACACAACAAAUACAGAAGCAAUUUUGACCUGAAGUUGACACAAGUUUCCAAAGAGCUUGAGACCUACAUUUCAAGACAGGUUUUAUGCUCCAUCAUUAAGAAGGAAGAGAGUGUAGCCUCCCCAAGAUAAUGUUCUUUCUGUAUGUGGGGAGUAGUUGUAAGUUGUGUAACUAUUCUUGAAUUCUUCUUCCCAAAGAAAUCUUUCUCGGCA